AUGGCGCGCAGCCUUAAGUGCUCCUCACUUUUCGCACAACUUGCUCAACCUUAUGGUGGCGCUAAAGCAGUGAAUGGGUUUGUGUACGGGAACCUUCCUGGGCUGCAGCUGUGCUCCGGGGACAGAGUUGUGUGGUACACCUUUGGUCUGGGAACCGAGACAGACAUCCAUGGGAUUUACUUCCAGGGAAACACCUUCCAAAAGCAGGGCACAACCCGGGACACACUCAAACUGUUCCCUCACACUACGGCUACUGUGACUAUGAAUGCAAGGAGAGCUGGUGUGUAUGAGGUGAACUGCAGGGUGACGGACCAUUACAUGGCUGGGAUGAGACAGCAGUACUCUGUGGCGGAGUGCCCUGGGAGGAACCACACACACACGCUGGCACACACGCGUCCCUCGGCCGUGGUCCAGUUCUUCAUCAGCGCCGAGGAGGUGGAGUGGGACUACUCACCUUCCCGCUCCUGGGAGCUGGAGAAACACCAAGCCACCCUGGACAACAGUCCAGGAAACAUCUUCGUGGGCAAAGGUGAGCGGCAGAUAGGGUCUCGCUAUAAGAAAGCUGUUUACAGAGAGUACACUGAUGCCACCUUCAGGACACAGAGGAAACGACAGGCAGACCAGAAACACUUGGGAAUCAUGGGCCCCAUUAUCAGGGCAGAAGUUGGGGAGCAGAUUCUAAUCACCUUCAGGAACCAUGCCAGUCGGCCCUACUCUAUCUAUGCCCAUGGCAUUGAGACCAGCGACACACGCAUUCCUGUCGAACCAGGCUUCAUGACAGAGUUCCGGUGGGAUGUCCCUGAGGGGUCCGGCCCAGGGCUCUCUGACCCUAACUGCAUCUCUUACAUCUACUACUCCCCUGUGGAUUUCAUCAAGGACCUGUUCAGUGGUCUGCUGGGGCCCUUGGUGGUGUGCAGAAAGGGGACUCUGAGUGGUCUGGGGGCUGGGGGACGGGGGGGGGACAGGCGGAGGACAGAUGCCCAGCGGGAGUUCGCUCUGCUCUUCCUGGUGUUCGACGAGAACCAGUCCUGGUACCUGGAGGACAACAUCAGGACCUACCUCGACACCAACCCCUACAACUUCACCUCGGACGACAGCUUUACGGAGAGCAAUAUGAUGCAUGGUAUAAACGGUCAACUGUACGGUAACCUGAAAGGCUUGGUCAUGACCCGUGGGGAGUUGGUAGACUGGUACCUUGUGGGCAUGGGGAAUGAGAAGGACAUUCAUACGGUUCACUUCCACGCCGAGACCUUCACAUACAAGACGGACCACAUCCACCGUGCAGAUGUGUUUGACCUGUUCCCAGGAACGUUCCAGACCAUCGAGAUGGUAGCCGGUAACCCUGGAACGUGGCUGCUUCACUGUCACGUUUCAGAUCAUAUCCACGCUGGCAUGGAGACCACCUUUACUAUCAGAGCAAACUCCUCUCAAGGUUAGAUUUGUCUGUUUGUUUGUAUCAAUACAUGUUUUAUUGAAUAAACAAGAAGUUUAUGCGGAAUAAUUAUAAAGUCAAAGUUUAUCAUGUUGAACUAUUACUGAUAAAAACUUGUAAUUAAUCUGAA